AGAAGAUGAUGACUUCUCUUCUACACCACUGAAAACUACAACACAAGAAAACUACAACAAAAACAGGACACCACCGCAUGAAGAGCAGAUACAGUUCUUGUAUGGUCAUCAAGCACUCUAUAAAGCCUUUCCUGGUCAAAAUUAUUGGGCUCAUUUCUCUGAAGCGAUUCAAAACACUGCAAAGCGCUUGUAAAAAAAAACUUAUUACAUCCUCUUCAUUCCCUUUCACGUCAUAACAUAAAUAAAGAAGAUAUUGGCCUUCGCAACUGGAGCGUCUGUAGUCCCUCCUAUUGGCUUUUCCCCAAGUCCGUCUGUUGAGUUCAUUUACAAAUGAGAUGAUGGCCAACACAUGUGUUAACUGCAUCAGGUUAUCUCCAUCUCUCAUUUACACAUUAUUUAUUAGUUUAAAAAAAUGUUAACAAAACAGUAAAAAAAAACAAAGAAAGAAAACAUUAACAUAGCCUCCGUACUGAAACAUGUGCAUGAGUGAGGAAAGCACAUCAAUUCCAUAGUUCCCAUCAUUUUCCACUGGAUUCACUUGUCGAACCAUAUUCAUUGUGGUCUCAUUGAUUGUUAUGUUAAUAUCUGAAAUUGUAACGUUAUUAUUAGUUUGAAGUUCUGGCAAAGGCUCGUGUUCACUGAUGCCAUAGUGGGUAUCCAUAUGAAUAAUGUUGUUGAAACUGCUUGAAUUCCAAUGUUUUUUAUGACACCUGAAUGCCACAGCUGAAGAGGUGUCUGCCCACAGUCUUUCAAUACUCUGAUUAUGGACUGAAACACCUGUAAUGACACUGUCCAGUCCCCUUCUUUCCAACAUAAAACGUGCAACAAGUAUAUUUUCCAUGCCAUGAUCGCAUCUGACCCUUGCAGGUAAACCAAAGUUCUCAACGCCCUCCAAAAAUAAUGACAGAACACUUGAGGCUCUGUUAUUGGACAAGCACCGCAGGUAUAUACUGUAAUAGUCCGACUGAAGCCAUCAACACAGCCAUGCAUGACUAGACACCACCUAACCAGCUUGUGGUUUCCAUCGAAAUGCCUGUUGGGAGACCAGAAUCGGUAUUAUGACACUUGUGCACUAAUGGGAUAGACAUAAAAGCUUAGAACAAGAAUAAUCUUAAAUAUCUACAACAGUGAAAUGGAAGAAACAAGGAAACAAGAUUAUGAAACAAGAAAACUACAACAAAAGCAAUAUUAAAACACUGACAUGGCGUGUUUUCCAGCACAGUAAAUACUUUAAAGUAACUUUAGGUUAUGCUGGACUUUAUUGUACAUUGUUUUUAAUGGUGUGGCAUGGUACCUUUACUUAAAAAAUGAUCACAAUGGGCUUACCAUAAUUGGUUGGAUGUCUGAACACUGUAGACCCUCCGCCUUAUAGCAUGACGGCAUCUAAAUGAUCGCCCAAUAGGGUCCACUCGAUACAAACCGUCUCUGACGUGCCAACGCUGGAUUCUUAAGUCACGUGAUCUCAGGCUUCCAAGGACAUAGGUUUCCCCUGCAUUUGGAGUACUCUGUAAUAUUACAGUCACAAGGCUAUCCAGUUCUUGAUUUGACAUAACUGCAUAGCGUAAUGGUUCAAUUCCCAGUAGUGGCCUGUGUCUGUACAGAGGUGCGAAUACACCUGUGCAGUGAUCGCAGUUGGUGACUCACAUCGCUAUUCAAAGGAUCAUAGUAUACUCUAUAAAGCCUUUCCUGGUCAAAAUUAUUGGGCUCAUUUCUCUGAAGCGAUUUAAUACACUGCAAAGUGCUUGUAAAAAAAAAACUAUUACAUCCUCUUCAUUCCCUUUCACGUCAUAACAUAAAGUUUGCACUAAUAAACAAAAAACAAAGAGCAACAGUUUCAUUUUAAGCACUGUCACUUCCCUCCAGCGAUUAUCCACCAUGUAGACAGCAUGUGUGUCCUCAGAAUGCUCCAAAGAAGAAAAUAGCCUACACUUCCUCUUUUGAGCCACCUUCCUGUUACACUGAAAUUUCAGUAGUGUAUAUGAGAGCAUUUCACUAGUGUGUGUGAGAGCAUAACAUUUCAGUUGUUUGUGUGAGAACAUUUCAGUAGUGUGUGUGAAUGGUAAUUCUGAAUAAUGUCCCUGACAGCCCCUCAUAAGUCAGCAGUCAGAGCAUCAGAGUGCCAACAACAAAGAAUAGCAUCACAGUGUACAAAGGUCACCACACCCAAACUCUACAGUGUAAAUGCCUUUAUUCUCGUCUUUUAUACUUUUGGGGACUCACAGGUCACACCUUCCAUCCAUCCCCUACAUUUUGGGCACACCAGAGCGACACUUUCAUUGACUUCCAUUGUAAAAAACGACACUUCCAGGUUAUGGGGGCACCAAUUGUUCCAAACAAGGGACGGAGCUCCAUUGAUCUCAAUUGCUUGUCAAGAACAAUUACUGGUAAAUUGAUGAAAUAAUGGCAUUUUAAACGUUUUUUAGAGCCCACAGAGACCACAUACAGCCCAAUUUGAUCUCAAGCAGGCUGUACCAGUAAUAUUACAGCAUAGUAACCUGUAAGUAACCACAACCAGAUUUUGUUUUAGUUCAAAUAAUUUGUUACAGAGAGAAUUAUACUGGAGAUGACAAACCUGGAAAGGAAGCGUGUGUUUGGGGACACCUGGAGAGAAAUCGACCUGGUAGAACUCCAAGCAUAGGUCUAUUGAUUUUAGCCGGAGUAUGUCACUCAAACAAUGAGGCUACAAAAAGUCUGUGGAAUCCAGAGUCUGGCAGGUCUAUAUUCCGGGCAACUACGUCCUUAUAACAGAUUCAUGUUGUCCAUGUGUCCAUUGCUGCAAAUGUGAUGCACACACACACGACUUCAUGUUGAGUUUGGUCUUUGGUUUUCCAUUCAUUUUUUACAUCACAUGUUCAUUUUGUAAUACAUUUUCAGUGCCUAUUUGUAUUUUCACUGCAGUUAUUUCAUGUCUAAUUCUAUAAAUUCAUGUUAAACACUACUUUGAGACAUUUUUCACAUUGUUAAGAAUGUUGAAUAAAAAUUUGGUGGUGAAAAAUGUUUUUUUGUGCUAAUUUAAGAGCAGUUUAAACAGACCAAUCAAUUUUGACCGGAAAUACUAAAGUAAGUAAACUAAGGGCGGGAUGUGAAAACGGCAGGAGGGUUUACCUUGGUGUACCUUGUACCGCUUAAGCUGUAAAACCUGGUGGAACGAGAAGUUGCUGUAGCGUCAACACUGUGAUACCCUCCUGAAAAACUACAAUGAGGACACAUAUGCGAAGAGUUGUAAUACUUGGAGGAGUUUUACUCUUAAUAUACAUUGCUGUCAACAUGAUCGAAAGUUUAAGAGCAGAAAAAUCUGCUGCGGGCGUCAUGGAUCAACAAGUUGUGAGGGAUAAACUGGACAGAAUUGAACGGACCAUAGACAAACUGGCAAAGCUGAUAGAGGUACAUGAUGAAAAGACCUCCAACGACAAACAUUUUCCAAAAGUGACCAAGGAGAAGCAGAAAGUUGUGGUGCCAAAGCUGUACCCAGACUCACACCUGUUUAAAACAUGGGGCAGUGACUUAUCGGAAGAGGAACAGAAGGAAGCCGAAGCUCUUUAUCAGAUUUAUGGUUACAACGUCUAUCUGAGUAACCAGAUUCCACUGGAUAGGAAGCUUCCAGAUACGAGAGAUAGCAGAUGUCUGGCCAAGGAUUAUCCCAAAGACCUGCCGACUGCCAGCGUGGUGCUUAUCUACAUAAAUGAGGCUCUUUCUAUCAUUAAGCGGGCAAUACGAAGUAUCAUCACCCACACUCCAAAGCACCUGCUGAAGGAAAUAAUUCUGGUUGAUGACUGUAGCACUUACGAUGACCUUGGCAAACCAUUACAAGAUUAUAUAGAUCAGAUCCACAAUGAAAUUCCUGGACUCAUCAAGAAAGUGCAGCACGAGCGGCAAAUGGGCUUGUCCCAGUCCCGGAUCUCAGGUUGGGAGCAUGCCACAGCAGAUGUUGUAGUCAUCUUGGAUGCCCAUAUUGAAGCCACAGAGGGAUGGGCAGAACCUCUGCUGGCCAGGAUCAAAGCUGACAGGACUGUGGUGGUGUCCCCUGUGUUCGACAAAGUCCAUUUUGAUGACCUACAUGUACAAAAAUAUGAGCCAGCUUCUCAAGGCUUUGACUGGCAAUUAUGGUGCAUGUACGAGACCUUUAGCCCUGAGUGGUACAAGUUAGCGGAUCCAUCGCAACCAGGGAAGAGUCCCUCUGUGAUGGGAAUCUUUGCUGCAGACAGAGGUUUUCUUGGAGAAAUCGGUGGCCUUGAUGGUGGAAUGACAGUUUAUGGGGGAGAAAAUGUUGAACUUGGGAUUCGCGUGUGGCUGUGCGGGGGAAGUGUAGAGGUUGUCCCUUGCUCCAAGAUAGCUCACAUUGAGAGGGCACAUAAACCAUAUGCACCUGAUCUCAGUGCUGCCAUGAGGAGAAAUGCUUUGAGAGUUGCAGAAAUUUGGCUGGAUGAUUACAAGAAAAAUGUGUAUUUGGCUUGGAGCGUUCCUUUGAAGGAUCAUGGGAUUGAUAUCGGCGACAUUUCUGAGAGAAAGGAGCUCAGAGAAAGACUGAAAUGUAAACCUUUCAAGUGGUACCUGGAUAAUGUCUACAAGAGUCUGAACACAAGAAUCUGGGAUAACAUCUUGGGGUAUGGAGGGCUGCAGAACGCACUUUUUAAGGACUUCUGUGUGGACCAGGGGCCUGUUCCAGGAAAUAUCCCCAUCUUGUAUGUGUGCCACUUCCAACUACCACAGCUCUGCUACUACAACGCAGAUGGUGAAAUCAUCAUUGGGGGGAUUAAAUCUCACAAAUACAACAAUAACCGCUGCCUGGUUGAUCCGGGCUCUGGAAGCACGCCGAAUCUGGUUGACUGCCAGCAGGCAAAGCAAAACAAGUUUCAUAUGCACUGGGACUUCAAACAAGGUCAAGCAAUCAGGAACAAAUCAUCCAACCGAUGUCUUGAGAUCGCCCAGGAAAAAGGCUCAAACUAUGAGCUCAUCAUUCAGGAGUGCAGUGGACAGAAAUGGACGAUCACAAAUCCCAUGGCAACUUUUUAAGCACAGAGUUUACAGUGAAUUUACCAACGUUUCAGAGUGUCACUGUUUCAAACUGGAUUUUUGUGAAUGUUGCUUCACUGACCAAUACACAAUCAAGAUGUCCACUUCAAAGCUUUGUUUGAGUUUGUGAGAGACUGUGAGAAAAGAACAUCCUAGGACAAUAUGUUCUGCCAUGGCGAAUGACAUUCAGCGAGCCGCCACACCUACUAGUGGCAUUAAAACUGGUGUUAUAAAACAAUGUGAGAAACU